GCCUUCGUCUUCGGCCCUCCAUCCCUCGUCCAUCGUCCUUGAAACCCGCCGUUUCCUAGUUGUAAACUUGGUGUUCUUUAUUAUCAUCAUUAUCAUUGUUAUUACACUUUCGCUCUUUCAUAGUCCAAUGUCGUUCUCUCCAAUGGGCUGAUGACCCUAUUCCCGAAUCUGCCAACGCCGUACCCCUCUCUAUCCAUCCCUGAACACCAGAGCAGGCAAUUGUGCAGGCAGUUGUGCAGGAAUCAACCAACCCUCCCUCCCUCCGUCCGCCGUCAGCCGACCAGCCAGACGCCCUUCCUGGGUCGGGUCUGCACGAGUAUCAAGAAUCCGAAAGGAGGUUGAUAUUAGAAGUCAAGAAAUCCGCCGCCGCACAUAGACCGCCAGCAUGUGUCUCUCUUUCUGGCGCCGCAAGGCACCCGACGGUGAGAAGCCGCGGACGAAGAAACGCGCCCUCACGAUGCCCUUGUGGUCUACAUCCAACAAGACCUCAGCCAACACCCUGAAGGGUAUGGUCGGCCUCACCACCAUCCUAGCACCUACGCGCGACGGCUUCCACUUCAAACCCGCCCAGCCGAUGCCCUCCAUCAACGUCACAAACGUAGACGGCGCAACCGACCCUUCCUCUUCCUCUGCCAGCUCCGACCACAAGGAUACCCCCGCCACCUCGACCUCCGACGAGAUCCUGCUCAGUUUCGCCAUACAGAACCGUCUGAAGAAGAUCUUUGACGACCUGCGCUCGCGCCGUUCCUCGUUAUCACGCGAUCCUUUUGUGACCCGAGAGCAGCUGCUCGUAUUCCUCGAGAAAACCCAGGGCGAGGACGGUGUGGAGGACAUCCUGCCCGAGGAUAAGGAGAGAUACAACUUCGGCGAGUUCCUCGAGACUUGGUGGACUCACUACGGAUGGGAUGCCAUUCGCCCCCUGAAGAGCGAGGACAAGGACUUGGACCGCCCCAUUACGAACUACUUCAUCAGCAGCAGUCACAACACGUACCUAGAAGGCAAUCAGCUCGCCUCCAAGAGCUCGCCCGAGGCCUACAAAGCGGUUCUCCGCCGGGGAUGUCGGUGUAUCGAGAUCGAUGUCUGGAACGGAGACACCCCCAUCACAACUCAAGAGGGCACCCGGCCCGACCAUUCGAGGAACCUCUCGGGCUCAUCCCUGCCCAACGUGGCGGCAAGCGUCAAGGAGACUGUCGAAGAUAUUCUGAUUGACCGCAACGGCCAUGGCAGUGGCCACAGCAGGAACCCGAGCAACGCCAGCAGGUCUCUCAACCCUCGCGAUAGUACCACACUGCUGGGCCCUAGCGAAUCCACGGAAUCCUUGAGCAACACUCUUCGUCCGCAAUCCGCAGGCAAGAACCGUCUGCCGUAUCCCAAAGAUGAACCCAUUGUGACCCAUGGCUGGACCCUGACGACCCCGUGCGGCUUCCGGGAGGUGUGCAGGGCCGUCCGCGAGUCCGCUUUCGAGACCAACGACCUGCCCAUCAUAGUCAGUCUCGAAGUCCAUGCCGACAAGGAGCAGCAGGAGGUCAUGGUCAAGAUCAUGAAGCAAGAGUGGGAGGGCAUGCUGAUCGACAAGUCCUGGGAGGGCAUUGACCCUCGUUUCCGUCUCCCAAAACUCGAGGAGCUGAAGCGCAAGAUACUCGUCAAAGUGAAGAAGGCGCCUAAUAAGAUCGAAGUGCCUGUGAGCACGGCGGCACUGUCGCGGGUCUACGCCAACGACGAGGACGCCUCAGGCUCGGACGACGAACGUAUCAAGGAAGUACCAAAGACACCAAACACGCCCAGAACCGACACUCCCGUCAAGAUCCACAGCGGCAACGAGGCGCCUACAAGCGCCAAGGUGGCCAUCUGCCAGGCACUUAGUAGCCUGGCCAUCUACACCCACAGCGAACACUUUAAGAGUUUCGAGACGCCGGCGGCUAAGAAGCCGAGCCACAUCUUUUCGAUAAGCGAGAGCAGGAUUCUCGAGCUGCACGCAACCAAGGCCCGCGAAAUGUUCACUCACAACAAAAACUUCUUCAUGCGGGCCUUCCCCAACGGCGCGCGUGUCGACAGUUCCAACCCGGAUCCCAGUCUGUUCUGGCGGAAGGGUGUGCAGAUGGUCGCUCUCAACUGGCAGUACCUCGACGAAGGCAUGAUGCUGAACGAGGGCAUGUUCGCCGACGAGCAAGGAUGGGUCCUCAAGCCUAUUGGCUACCGCAGCUGUGACAAGGACACCGUAACCGAAGUCGAUGCCGCGCCUCAGGGUGACCUGGAGCUCGCCGUCACGAUUAUUGCCGGCCAACAUAUCUGGGCCGCCAGUGACUCUGACAGCAACAGCAGCCGCGCCAAGCACCUCCGGCCGUUUGUCAAGUGCGAGCUCCACGUCGAGAUCGGGGCCGUGAACGGCAAAGCCGCCGACGAAGACGACUUCAAGCUCAAGACAGGGUCGAGGAAGACAGACCACCCCGAAUGGGAGAACGGAGCCCGGCUGAAGUUUCCCAAGAUCUCGAGGGUGGUGGAAGAGUUGAGUUUCCUCAGAUUCAAGGUUGAGGAUGACCCGAUUCUCGGCAGCGAUGAGCUGCUGUCGUGGGCUUGCAUCCGGCUCGACCGGUUGCGACCAGGCUUCCGCUUCAUCCGUCUCAUGGACAUCAAGAACCGUCCAAUCGAGGGCGGCAAGUUGCUCGUCAAGAUCGACAAGGUGGUGCGGUAGAUAUCUUUGCGUCUGUUACGAGUAACAGAAUGACGGAGGGUUUGUAGCGAUGACAAGCAGCAACAGCUCGUCUGCUAUGUAUGCCUCGGAUCAGACGAAGAGAAAUUGAUGCGGAAGGCGGGCUUUCUUUUUAUUGCGGCGAACAUGGGGGGGCAAGACAUUCUGGAUCUGACUUUUCCGUCUUUUGUAAUGGGCCUUGUUUUUCCCCCCUAACUCCCCCUUUUGGCUGUUCCAAUCCCGCGCGCAUUGAUUUCUACUGGUUGGUUGUUAUCAACUCGAUACCUUGGGGGCGAAGAACAGAAGAAGGGGCAUGCUCGGAGGCGUCGGCGUUUACGGAGGUGGACGAUUCUUUCUUCCCGGUUGCAAUCGCGAUACAUAUAUUCUCAUUAAACUCUCUUACUUUUUUUUUCUAUCACCCCCCCCCCUUUAUUUUCUUUUUUCCCCCUUCGACUUCUUCUCUUUCCCUUUUUAAAUUUUCAUUUUCCUUUCCUUAAACCGCACACAUACAGACACAAAAACCCCUGUGUAGUCGAGGGGGCGAGAACGGACGCGGAGUUGUGUCUAUGGGAGUUUAUUUUGAAUUGCCGUUCUAGCUAGUCGCUGGAGGUGGGCGGCGCCAUGGAGUUUUGUUUUGCUUGGCUCGAUCGUCAGUCAACCCAUUUGAAGAGACGGGAUCGGCAUGGCUGGGAUAGGGUAUCGCCACAAGAGAGGCAAGAACACAUGAGUUGGUAAGAAGAAAGUGUGUAAAGAACUGUACUAAGAUUGCAUCUGGAGGCUUCUUUUAAAAACAAAUAAAGAGGUGCAGGAAAAGAAAGCCUUCAUGAGGAUCGAGAGACGGCGAGAUGUGCCCGAGAGACACGGGGCGGGGGGCGAAAGACAGGAAGAACAGCACACGCUACACAAAUAUGGGAACCCGUGGGGUUUGUCUGGUCUGGUCUUGACGCAAAACGAGCAAGCUGGAGAUGAUCGCACAUGAGAGGUGGUCAAAAAGAAACAGCAAUGACUUGUCUUGAGCU